AUGAAGCAAACAAUCGGAAACCUUGGUCAAGAGAUCUGGCAGCCCUCCAACCCUUACACUAAUCUUUCAAAAGAAGGUGUUCAGCACUGCCAAGUCAAUACUCUCCUGUCUAUCAUGCCUGAGCUUGAUAAACCUCCUAAAGGUCUUCCAAUGGGAGUCAUUGACUUGGGAGAUGAGUAUGCAUUGCUUUGCAAAUGUGAUAGAUACACUAUAUUUCUAACUGGAGAAUCUGCUUGA